UGGUUUGAUGCUGUACAUAGGGCUAUACUUCCAACUGCUUACCCCCAUGGGCAUAGGAGCAAGGGGGCAGCAGAGGCACUUGUUGUGAGAAGGUCAAUAAGAGACAACGGGGGAUCUGAUUCCCUCCGCAAAUCAAAAGGUAUACAGGGCCUGAUCCCAGUGAGUCUCCCAUGUCACGAUAUGACCGGAACCAGCCUACCCGGAAUCACCGGUCCAAUCCAUGCUGCUUCUGCUGGUGCUGCUGCUGUAGCUGCUCUUGGAAUGAAGACCGGAACAGACGCAGAAGAUUUUCAAGAGACACCAAACUGGAGAGUGUUCCCCACUGUGAAGUCUGUUCAAAACCUACAACAGAUGAGGUGUAUAGCUGGGCCAGCUCAUUUGAGAAGCUGAUGAAGAAUCCAGCCGGACGCAACGUGUUCCGUGAAUUUCUACGCACAGAAUAUAGUGAAGAGAACAUGCUCUUUUGGCUGGCAUGUGAGGAGCUGAAAAAAGAUCAUAGCAAGCAUAGUGUGGAAGAGAAGGCACGCAUAAUCUACGAAGACUAUAUAUCUAUAUUGUCCCCUAAAGAGGUCAGUCUGGAUUCGCGUGUGCGUGAGGGCAUUAACAGGCGGAUACAGGAGCCUUCCUGUCACACGUUUGAUGAUGCUCAGUUACAAAUCUACACACUUAUGCACAGAGACUCAUAUCCCCGAUUCCUGAACUCCAGCAUAUAUAAAUCCCUACUCCAGAGCUUCUCACGUUCCAGCUCGGAGUCGUAGGACUGAGCCAUCUCGGGAUUUAGAGACAAACGCACAUUUUAUACAAAUACCUGAGGGGGAAAUGUGGGACUUUGAGCAAUCCCCCUCUCCCACACCUCAAAAUCCAAAGCUACAGAGACUGACACAGCCUGUGGCCUUUGCCGUCAGGGCAUGGAGAGGGGAUCAUUUGCUUGGACAAGUUUGAGGGUUUUUAAAGGUACCUUAUAGGGGGAUACAUUACUCAUGAAUUCUCCCAGGUGAGGUGAAAGAUGAUUUGCCCUGUAGGUCUUUUAUAGGAAGGUGGCAGUCAGAGUUUGUGGCAGUAAUGUAAUAGUCUGUCUCAAAUCACAAUGCGUUAACUCUUUCAGUGCCAUACUGGGCAGUAGUGCCCUAAUGAGCUGCUCAGUGACCUACACCUCUCCUCCUGUGUUGGUACUAGGGAUUUAUUUUUGGGGAGGGGUAAAAGUGACUUGUUUUAUCAUAGGAAUUUUAUAUCUCUGGGGGGGCACAUUUCUCCCAGUGCGACGGGGAGGGAGGAGAUGCCGCCUUACAGGCUGGGGGUCUGUUUACAGUGAGGAUUUUAUAGACCUCUAGUUCUUAAUAAUAAUAGAAUCUGUGCCAUUAUGUCUGGGCCGUGCCUAGCAGUGACGUGCAAGAGGUAGAGCAAUGCUUUGCAUUCUCUCUCAAGAUGCUUUUCAGAUGAGUGUUACAGUCAGGGCUCACCUCCCUGCAAUUACCAAAUAUCCGCGGAGGUCCCUGGGCCACUGGCACCGCGCAAACACCAAACAGUGUUACUUCAUUUCAACACCUCCAAUAAAUUUUAAAGUAUGUUUUUUUUAAAUGUAUAAAUAUAUAUAUAUCUAAGUUCA